AUGUGGAAGCAGCAGGGAGCCCUCGGGCCCAUCUCCUUUGAGCUGCUUGCAAACCAAGUUCUAAGGACAGCAGAAAACGUCCAUGCUCUGAGCACUGGAGAGAAAGGAUGUGCUCGUAAGGGCUCCAGCUUUCACAGAAUUAUUCCAGGGUUUACGUGCCAGGGUGGCGAUUUGACACGCCAUGACGGCUCUGGCAGCAAGUCCAUCGAUGAAGAGAAGUUCGAUGACGAGAACGUCAUCCCAAAACACACAGUUCCUGGCAGCUUGUCCACGUCAAGUGCUGCACCCAACGCAAACGCUUCUGUUUUCCAUCUGCACUGCCAAGACCGAGUGGCUGCAUUAAGCACGUGCUCUUGGCAAGGUGGAAGAGGGCAGGAGUUUCGUGGAAGCCACGGAUAUCGUGGGCCCCAGAACGGCAAGAGCAGCAAGAUCGCCAUUGCUGACUGUGGCCGGCUCUAA